AACAAAUGAAUAUUUCUGUAGCCCUAUUUUUUAUGAAUGAUGUGGAGGAGGUUCAAAAUGUGCCACGGAGGCAUUUAAGAGAUGCUUCGAAUUUAUUUGAAGUACCUAACAACCAGUUUGUGGCCAAUUUUCGUGUGUCGAAGGAAGUUUUUCGGGCUCUUUUGGAUAUGAUGGAAGAGAAGUGGGUACACGGUUGUAGAACUACCCAAAUUCGCCCUGAUUUAAAACUUGGCACAUUCUUGCGGUUUUUGGCGACAGGAAGCUACCAACAGAAUUUAGGGAACGAAGCCUUGACUUCAACAGCGAAGUCGACAGUGAGCAGAACCAUUGAGGACCACAUUUGCGGCCAAUGGAUAAAAAAGCCCACGCUCACAGAGGAACACAACACAAUUGGUCUUUCAGGCAUUGCCUGCUGCUUCCAAAAAUUUGCACUCCUCUGGCGAACUCAGGAUUGUCCUCCAUAUACUCAACUAGUGCCCGCAGCUGUGUAG